AUGAGCCGCCUCCCGGUCCCGCCGCUGCUGCCGCUGCUGCUGCUGAGCGCCCUGGGCCGCCCGGCCGCCGGGCAGGGCCCGGCCCCGGCCCCCACCGCCCGCCCCAACGUCACCAGGCCGGUGUUCCUGUGCGGGGGGGAGCACCGCGGGGAGUCGGGGUACAUCGCCAGCGAGGGCUUCCCCCAGCACUACCCGCCCGGCCGCAACUGCACCUGGACCAUCACGGUCCCCGAGGGCCAGGUGGUGAUGCUCUCCUUCCGCGUCUUCGACCUGGCCGACCCGCUGUGUCGCUUCGACUCGCUCUCGGUGUUCGGGGGUCACGGCCCCCGGCGCCCCGCUGCUGGGAGCUUCUGCGGCACGUUCCGGCCCGGAGCGCUGCUGGCCGCCGGCAAUCGGAUGCUGCUGAGGAUGGAGAGCGACGAAGGCACCGCCGGACGCGGCUUCCUCGUCUGGUUCAGCGCCGGCCUCCCCCCGGCGCACGAGCACCAGUUCUGCGGGGGGCCUGAGAAGCCCCAGGGGAGCCUGAAGACGCCGAAUUGGCCGGAGGAGAAUUAUCCCCCCGGGAUCAGCUGCUCCUGGCACAUCGUGGCACCUCCCCCGAAGGUGAUCGAGUUGAGGUUCGGGAAGUUCGACGUGGAGCCGGACGCUCACUGCCGAUACGACUACGUGGCUGUUUUCGAGGGGGGGGAGACGGACGACGCACGGAGGGUGGGGAAGUUCUGCGGGGAGGAGACCCCCGGCCCCAUCCUCUCCUCCGGCCACGAGCUGCUGGUUCAAUUCGUCUCGGACCUGAGCGUGACGGCUGAUGGCUUCGCCGCCACCUACACCAUCAGGAACCGGGAUCAGGCACCGGACCCCGGCACCGAUCCGGCAAAUCCCAAAUCCAAGGGGGGUGGGAAGGGGAAAGUCCCCCCCGGCCCUAAAACGGUGACACCGACUGCCACGUCGCCACCGUCACCGCGACCCCCCUGCCCGCAGCGAUGCCGGCGUGCCGGGACGCUGCAGAGCAACUUCUGCAGCAGUGAUUUCGUGCUGACCGGGACGGUGAAGUCGGUGUCGCGGGGCCCCCCCCAGGAGCAGGGCUGGGCCGUGGUCUCCAUCUUGGGCCUCUACAAAUCGGGGGGUCUGGAGGUACCCCAACCCGCCAAGGGGGCCACCCUGCGCCUCCAGCUGCCCUGUCGCCUCUGCCCCGGCCUCAAGAAAGGGUCCAGCUACAUCCUGAUGGGGCGGGUGGGGCGGAUGGGGGGGGCCGUGCUGCCCCCCGAGGCCUUCGUCGUCCCCUACCGCCAGCAGCAGCAGCAGGUUUUGGGGAACCUGAGCAAGAGACCAUGUCGGGGGAACCCCUGAGACCCCCCCCCCCAAAUUUCCCCCCCCAUAUGCAAAUAAAGGGCGCAGAGCCGGA